GAGAAGGGGGCGGGGUGGGGUGGAGGAGAGAGGUUAGAGGGCCAGACUUUCUCUCUUCCAUUCACUGGGUGGAAAAGUUGACAUUGUCUAAACCCUUCUGAAUGGUUCGGUUGGUUUUUGGGUUACCCUGAUUGUACCUCUGCCUCCCCCUCCCCCUCCACGUGACGGCCCAGGACAUGCGCACCCGACGCCUCUACAGCCAGAGGCACAUCUGCAGACUGACGUCAGUGCGUUCAGCCUCCCAGGAAAAACUGCCAAAAUUUCCUCCUGCUGCUGCAACUCUAGUUGGCUGGAGGCCGGUAGUGAAAGAGAGAGAGACCGAGAGACAGAGAGAGAGGGAGAGAGAGAGAAAGAGAGAGACAGAGAGAGAAAGAGAGAAAGAAAGACAGAGAGAGACAGAGAGAGGGAGAGAGAGAGAAAGAGACAGAAGGAGAGAGAAAGAGACAGAAGGAGAGAGUGAGAGAACCAGAGUUAGGCUACUUUAAAACUUUGCGGUGCCCCUUUCUGCUCCUCUUGCCUUUCUUUCUCCUGAUAUCUUUUGAUGCUGCUUACACGUUAUUAGCACAGAAAAGGCAUUAAGGUGGCUAGGAAGAGUGGGCAUCACUUUCACCCCCAAUAAGUCUCUUUUCCGUUCUUUCUUUUUUCUUUUCCUUUUUGGGGGGCCGCGGGGGGGCUCAAGGGGGUGAUUUGCAAAGACAACAUUUCAGAGUGAUAGAUUGGGUGAAUUGAAGGCAUCUCUCUUUCUGCCAAGUCAGUCCGUUCUCUAAAGCCCCUCGCAGCCAGGCUAUAGGAUUUUAUUCUGGUUGCAGAAUAACUCUGGUGUGGCUUUGCAAAGGGGUGGGGGGAGAGAAGAGGGGUGGGCAAAAAAAAAAAGGCUGAGAGGAGAGAGAGGAUACGUGAAUCGUCCAGUGCAAACUCUAUUGUUUGAAACUUACUUUAUAUCAGAAUUUGAAGAUGAAAACGGUACAAAAAUGGCCCUACUUCUGCAACUACCCAGCUUAAUGUCUUACUGGUGAAAAUUUUUACAACUUUAUCUUUCUUUUUCAUUUUGUAUUGAAAAAACAAUGAAUCCAGAGAGAGGAGAAAGCACAGGAUGUUGGAAACGAGCACCUGCUAAAAAGUGGAAUAUCUAAUCACUAAAUUUCCAAUAGAUAGCAAACAAAACUGUUAUGCUGCGGUACUGGAGUGCUGUUCAUUCUCUAGCAAGUAGGUAGCCCUCCAACAACACAUCCAUUUUUUCUAAAUUAUGGAAAUUUUGUGGAAGACGUUGACCUGGAUUUUGAGCCUCGUCAUGGCUUCAUCGGAAUUUCACAGUGACACCAGGCUUUCAUACCGCUCCCAAGAGGAAUUCCUGUCAUACCUUGAACACUACCAGCUCACCAUCCCAAUCAGGGUUGAUCAAAAUGGAGCUUUCCUCAGCUUUACUGUGAAAAAUGACAAACGCUCAAGGAGAAGGCGGAGUACGGACCCUGUUGACCCACAACAGGCAGGAUCUAAGUUAUUUUUUAAACUCUCAGCCUAUGGCAAGCACUUUCAUUUAAACUUGACUCUCAACACAGAUUUAGUGUCCAAACAUUUUACCGUGGAAUACUGGGGGAAAGACGGGCCCCAGUGGAAGCAUGGUUUUUUAGACAACUGUCAUUACACAGGAUACUUACAAGAUCAACACAGCACAACUAAAGUGGCUAUAAGCAACUGCAUUGGGUUGCACGGUGUAAUUGCUACAGAAGAUGAAGAGUAUUUUAUUGAGCCUUUAAGGAACACUACAGAAGAUUCUAAACACUUUAGUUAUGAAAACGGCCAUCCUCAUGUUGUUUACAAAAAGUCUACCCUUCAACAAAGGCAUCUGUAUGAUCACUCCCAUUGUGGUGUUUCAGAAGACCUCCCAAGAAGCAGCAAACCUUGGUGGUUGAAUGAUACUUCUGCUCUUCCAGCUUCCCUCCCAAUUAAUGACACUUUAAGUAGCCAUCGUAGACAGAAGAGAUCUGUCAGCACUGAGCGAUUUGUGGAGACGUUGGUCGUGGCAGACAAAAUGAUGGUGGGCUACCAUGGGCGCAAAGAUAUUGAACAUUACAUUUUGAGUGUAAUGAAUAUUGUUGCCAAACUUUAUCGGGAUUCUAGCCUAGGAAACGUUGUGAAUAUCAUAGUGGCUCGGUUAAUUGUUCUCACGGAAGAUCAGCCAAACUUGGAGAUAAACCACCAUGCAGACAAGUCCCUCGAUAGCUUCUGUAAAUGGCAGAAAUCCAUUCUCUCCCACCAAAGUGAUGGAAACACCAUUCCAGAAAAUGGGAUUGCCCACCACGAUAAUGCGGUUCUUAUUACUAGAUAUGAUAUCUGCACUUAUAAAAACAAGCCCUGUGGAACAUUGGGCUUGGCCUCUGUGGCUGGAAUGUGUGAGCCUGAAAGGAGCUGCAGCAUUAAUGAAGACAUUGGCCUGGGCUCCGCUUUUACCAUUGCUCAUGAGAUUGGUCACAAUUUUGGGAUGAACCACGAUGGAAUUGGAAAUUCUUGUGGGACCAAAGGUCAUGAAGCAGCAAAACUUAUGGCAGCUCACAUUACUGCAAACACCAACCCUUUUUCCUGGUCUGCCUGCAGCAGGGACUACAUUACAAGCUUUCUAGAUUCAGGCCGUGGUACUUGCCUUGAUAAUGAGCCUCCCAAGCGUGACUUUCUUUAUCCAGCUGUGGCCCCAGGUCAGGUGUAUGAUGCUGACGAGCAGUGCCGUUUCCAGUAUGGAGCAACAUCCCGCCAGUGUAAAUAUGGGGAAGUGUGUAGAGAGCUCUGGUGCCUCAGCAAAAGUAAUCGCUGUGUUACCAAUAGUAUUCCGGCAGCAGAGGGGACACUGUGUCAAACUGGAAGCAUUGAAAAAGGGUGGUGUUAUCAGGGAGAGUGUGUUCCUUUUGGCACUUGGCCCCAGAGCGUAGAUGGGGGCUGGGGGCCCUGGUCAAUCUGGGGAGAGUGCAGCAGGACCUGCGGGGGAGGCGUCUCCUCAUCCUUAAGACACUGUGACAGUCCAGCACCUUCAGGAGGUGGAAAAUAUUGCCUUGGGGAAAGGAAACGGUAUCGCUCCUGUAACACAGAUCCAUGCCCUUCAGGAUCCCGAGAUUUCCGAGAAAAGCAGUGUGCAGAUUUUGACAAUAUGCCUUUCCGGGGAAAAUAUUAUAACUGGAAGCCCUACACUGGAGGUGGGGUGAAGCCCUGUGCAUUAAACUGCUUGGCUGAAGGUUACAAUUUUUACACGGAACGUGCCCCUGCAGUGAUAGAUGGAACUCAGUGCAAUGCCGAUUCACUGGAUAUCUGCAUCAAUGGAGAAUGCAAGCAUGUAGGUUGUGACAAUAUUUUGGGAUCUGAUGCUAGGGAAGAUAGAUGUCGAGUCUGUGGAGGGGAUGGAAGUACAUGUGAUGCCAUUGAAGGGUUUUUCAAUGAUUCAUUGCCCAGAGGAGGCUACAUGGAAGUUGUCCAGAUUCCAAGAGGUUCUGUUCACAUUGAAGUCAGAGAGGUGGCUGUGUCAAAAAACUACAUUGCUUUAAAAUCUGAAGGAGAUGACUACUAUAUUAAUGGUGCUUGGACUAUAGACUGGCCAAGGAAGUUUGAUGUUGCUGGAACAGCUUUCCAUUACAAGAGGCCAACUGAUGAACCAGAGUCACUGGAAGCCCUUGGUCCCACCUCAGAAAAUCUCAUCAUCAUGAUUCUACUUCAGGAACAGAAUUUGGGGAUUAGAUAUAAAUUCAACGUUCCUAUCACUCGCACCGGCAGUGGAGACAAUGAAGUUGGCUUUGCAUGGAAUCAUCAGCCUUGGUCAGAAUGUUCAGCUACUUGUGCUGGAGGUAUCCAGAAGCAAGAGGCGGUAUGUAAAAGGCUAGAUGAUAACUCCAUCGUCCAGAACAAUUACUGUGACCCUGAUAGCAAACCACCAGAAAACCAGCGUGCCUGCAACAUUGAACCUUGCCCGCCUGAGUGGUUUAUUGGGGAUUGGUUGGAGUGCAGCAAGACCUGUGAUGGUGGAAUGCGCACGAGGACAGUGCUCUGUAUCAGGAAGAUUGGACCUUCUGAGGAGGAGACACUGGACUACAGUAGCUGUUUAACCCAUCGACCCAUUGAAAAAGAACCCUGCAACAACCAGUCUUGUCCCCCUCAGUGGGUUGCUUUGGACUGGUCAGAAUGCACUCCAAAAUGUGGUCCAGGAUUCAAGCACCGGAUUGUUCUGUGCAAGAGUAGUGACCUUUCUAAAACGUUUCCAGCUGCACAUUGCCCAGAGGAAAGCAAACCUCCUGUCCGCAUCCGCUGCAGCUUGGGCCGCUGCCCUCCUCCUCGCUGGGUGACUGGAGACUGGGGCCAGUGUUCUGCUCAGUGUGGACUUGGGCAGCAGAUGAGGACCGUUCAGUGCCUUUCCUAUACGGGGCAAGCAUCCAGUGAUUGUCCAGAAACAGUCCGGCCUCCGUCAAUGCAGCAGUGUGAGAGCAAAUGUGACAGUACUCCCAUUUCCAAUACUGAAGAGUGCAAAGAUGUGAACAAAGUGGCUUAUUGCCCACUGGUGCUGAAGUUCAAGUUCUGCAGUCGUGCAUACUUCAGACAGAUGUGUUGUAAGACCUGCCAAGGACACUGACCCACAGAGAGCAAGAGAGAGCGCCUUGUUAUUUCACCGUGGAAAUGUGUCCAUCAAAGAGAGCCACCCAGAGGAAGGGGAUUGACGUCCUUGCGAAUGCAUUACCCUGUGGAAAAUGUAACCACUGGUCAGCCUCAGCUGACAGGAUUUCAAUAUUAUUUUAACUUCUGUGAAGUGGGAUUUAUUGAUCCAUAGUGCUGGACACAGUAUAAGGAGGGAAUGCCAGAUCGGAUUGGUCCAAACAGCCCAGAGAGCAUCAAUCACUUACCGUGGAACUGUUGUGUUCUUUCGAGUAAUAGCCCGUUUACCUCCUUGGACCAUUAAGAUAAUUUUUAUUAUGGACUUAGCAAUGACACUGAAUCCAUUUGUAUUUAAAACUGUUUCAAAUGUAGCUGUUAUGACUUGGUCUACCAUGGAAGUAAAGAAGAUUCAGAAAGCUGAAGUCAUAGCUUAAAAAUAUUUACUGUAUUUUAUCUCACUACAACAGCACCACAGUUUAAAUUAUAAAACCAGGCUUUGAAAUGUUAUUUAAGGAGCAAUUAUAAAUCAGAAGUAAAGAAAAUUUGUAUUAUUUUUCUUCAUUCCACUUCAUUUCCUUAGGAAUAAUUCCCCUUUUCUGAACACUGCUGUGAGCCAUUUAGAAAAUGCCAUUAAACAGAGUGACAAUGAGGGGUAGAGCGGAAAGCAGUGCGUUGGGUGCUGCCACUGGGCAUGAAGUACAAGUCUAUGAGUUCAGUGCCUAAAGGUGUGUAACCAUCUCGCCACUGAACGCAUGAAGCUGGGAUUUCUAUUCAUCUUUUAAGGGAAGAGCGUUUCAAUUCCAUAGGGAAGCCAGCCUCGAGACGCGAUAGAAACUGAGCUGCCAGGCCCCUCCUGUGUUGCCCCGGUAUGGGCAGGAAGCCCAAGUUCCUAUUUUGGCCUCUCCAGCUGACCAUUCUUUACGUCACUAGCCACAGAACCGUUGUGUUGUUAGACUGCAGUGACUUAGAGAAAGGAGAAGUGCAAAAGACAGCCUGGCUAUGUCACGUUGAGACAGACCUUUCUGCUGCAAACUAUGCUGACAGUUCAGUGGGAUCCAGAUGGCCCUUUCUUUGAUAUGGUAGAAGGGCAUUUAUUUAUAGGAGAGCAAGAGAAUGUGUGUGUGCGUGCAUGUGUGUGCGCGUGCUUUGGGGCGUGUAUGGAGAGAUCAGUGUGUACUUGAAGGUAAGUGUGCCAUUUGUGUGAACACUCGAGAGGAUUGUAACCAAAGAAGAAGAAAAAAUGUGAGGACUCGAGGUCACGGUAACCUCCUUUCCUUAUUCCCUGAGGAGGGGGUUUCAGUUUGCUUGUGGCUACUCGGAAUUGAGCUAAAUGUGCGAGUCCAAUUCUAGAAUCCGAUGAAUCUAAAAAUACAAGGGCCAGCUCUUUUCCUGCUCUGUCCCCGGUCCCUCGUUUUGUUCUCCAAGAGAUUCGACAGGGAGACAAAAGAAGAGUAUGCUUGCUUACCAUAUAUUUUGUACUUGAACACUUGCAUUUGACAGCAGGUACUUACUGAAUGUGCUUUUGUAGCCCACUUUGCAGACACCCCCAUUGUGGCAAUUAUAUCAUGUGAACUUCAACAAUCCCUUGUGCUUGUGACGAAAAACCCAAAUGGCACUUUUAAGAAGUAGUACUGUCAGUGAACGAGCAUCUUAGAGUUCAACCUCACUCAUCCCUGUCAUCCCAAACAGCAUGUUGGCUUUGUCCCACUCACUCAGUAGGGACUAAUGCGAGUGAGCAGGGACAGGCUCUCUUUCUUCUUGGUUUCUGUCUCUCUGGCUCUUCUCCCCUCCUUCUCUCCAAGUGUCUCUCUGUCUCACUUCCUCCUCUUCUGUCUCGCUCUGUCUAUCUCUGUCUCUUGUCUCUCUGCUCCUCCCUUCUCUUCUCUGUCUCUUUCUGUCUCUUUCCUUCCACCUUUUCUCUGUCUCUGUCUGCCUGUCUCUCCCCUCCACUUUUUCUGUGUGUCUCUGUCUGCCCAUCUUAUCCCCUCCACCUUUUCUGUUUCUGUCUGUCUCUUUUUCUGUGUGUCUCUCUCUUUGUCUCUGGGUCUUUUUCUGCCUCUAUUUCUUUCAUUUUCUUCCCAACUCUGACUAUUUUUAGGCUCAUUUGUUUGGGAUGCUGUUCAGCCCACUCCCCUUGAGCAUGAGCAUCCUUCUCCCAUCACCAGCUUUUUCUUUCAACAUCACAGCAAGCUUCCAAGUUUCUCCAGAUUGGAACAGAUUAGGGAGCCCCUGAUGAUCUGCAAGUGGUUCCUCGCCUCUCAGCUGCCAUAGAUUUAGCAACCAAAUUUCAUCUGUCCUCUUCAUGUAGUCCUUGGUGCUACUAUUCCUGGUGAGGUCAAGGAAAGAACAAGGUGGGGGGCUCUGGUCAAUCAGGCACAGGUAGCUCUCAGGAUCAGUUUCCCCAGGGUGCGAUGAUAAAUAUUAGCUUCAUCCAAGGAGUUCUGUUACUAUUGCUAACUAGAGGAGAAUGACCUUCCCCCGUUUUUUGCCUUACCUCACUUGAAACACUAACUUUGCAAAGGCUGUCCCCAUGGGCGCAGCUCGGUGCUCCCUCUGGUGCUAGAAGACAAGGGUGUCUGUCCAAUGUUUACUGGUCAACUUCAACAACUCUGAGGCUGGAAUUUAGAGAAGCCCCUAGCGCAAAAUGAGAUUGCAUUGUUAAAGGGAACAAAACGCAGACCCUAUCUAGGUUUAUAAACUAAAAGAAGCUUCAGACUAGGACCCGAAACUCAAAUCUGAUGCAAAAAAAAAAAAUCAUUUCUUAGUUCUUUUCCCCAGAACAAUAGGUUGCUGCUGCUACCUUGUAGCCCCCUGUGUAAUCCAAGCAAAACAGCACUACGACCCAAAUAAGCACGGGCCCUUCGGAAGGCCAGGCCCGAUCUAGUAGAAGUAGCAUGCCAAAGGCACCCAGUGGUACCCAUGCUGCUCCUGGGCGGUACCAGCCUCCAGGGUUCCUUCCAUCUAUCAACAGCAACAACAAAAAGAGACAAUGUGUCCCAGAGCUUAGGCCCCCUCAUGCCUGGGGUUUGACGCCAAAAGAGCCCGUUGAAUUAGUAUCUUUAUUAUGGAGUGAAUGUCACAUAGGUAUCCUUAACAAUACAGAAUGAAAUUACCUUUGUAUUAUUGUGAUUAGUUGCUUAUUAUUUUAUACUCAGUAUUAAUGUGGUACACUGUUAUUUUGUUUUGCUUUUGUAAAUUAUAUUCUAAUUUAUUGCCAUGUUUCCUAACACUUGUCCUACAUUCAUCCUCCUGCUUGUAAUGAAAACAAAAACUUUGUAACACUUGAUGGAGUGAAAUUCACACCAGGCACAGAUUUUUUUUUAACAUAGAUAAUUUAGUAAAAUAAAAAUUCCGCUUACAAUAA